GCAAUAUUAUUAGACGAGGCUUUUAUACUAACCGGAAGAACUCACCAAUAAAAACCCGGAAGUGAACGCGUCGUGUCAUAACGGACCAAUGAAACGGCAGUGAAUGUUAUUGUCGCAAAGAAGCGCCGAACAGCGGACGGUCUGAAGAACGCUUUAUGAAAUAUACACAGCAGUUAUUUAUUUAUUUUGUUGAAAGCGCUUAAGUUAACAUUUCCAUUUAGUCAUUGUUGAGGAUGCCGUAUGCCAACCAGCCGACAGUGAAAAUCACAGAGCUGACGGACGAAAAUGUGAAGUUUGUAAUCGAGAACACGGACCUGGCGGUUGCCAACUCCAUUAGGCGAGUGUUUAUGUCUGAGGUUCCAACCAUCGCAAUCGACUGGGUUCAGAUCGACGCCAAUUCUUCAGUUCUCCAUGACGAGUUCAUCGCGCACAGAGUGGGGCUCAUACCGCUGACCAGCGAUGACAUUGUAGACAAAAUGCAGUACUCAAGGGACUGCACGUGCGAUGAUUUCUGUCCAGAGUGCUCAGUCGAACUCACACUGGACGUGAGAUGCACAGAAGAUCAGACGCGUCAUGUGACUUCACGAGAUCUGCUGUCUAAUAACCCUCGAGUUAUCCCUGUGACGUCCAGAAGUCGAGAUAGCGACCCCAAUGACUACGUAGAGCAGGAUGACAUCCUGCUGGUGAAGCUCCGAAAGGGUCAGGAGCUCCGACUCCGAGCGUACGCCAAGAAGGGCUUCGGCAAGGAACACGCCAAGUGGAACCCGACAGCAGGGGUGGCCUUCGAGUAUGACCCAGAUAACGCGCUGAGACACACAGUGUACCCCCGUCCUGAAGAAUGGCCUAAGAGCGAGUACUCCGAGCUCGAGGAGGAAGAAGUCCAAGCUCCAUACGACCCAAACGGCAAACCAGAGCGGUUUUACUAUAACGUCGAGUCGUGCGGUUCUCUCCGGCCCGAGACGAUCGUGAUGUCUGCGCUCGCCGUGCUCAAGAAGAAGCUGAGCGACCUGCAGACGCAGCUGAGCCACGAGAUCCAGAGUGAUGUCCUCACCAUCAAUUGAGCAGAGUUAGGAGAAAGUCUGAUUGCAGCGUGGUGUCAAGUGCAGAGAGAGAGAGAUUGAGUUGUGGAGAGAUGUACAGCAGGAAGUGGGUUUAUAUAUAUUUUUUACUUGUUGGAUGUGGGUGUUGCGGAGCUCUUACUAAUGAAUCCAUUAAUAAAUAAGUCUUGAUAAUUGCAAAA